AUGGAUGGGAAGUUCCGCACGAACUCGGUUUAUGUGCCCAGACUAAAGAAAGACGCAGACGAGAAAGGGAGAGGGAUGGAGGGAGAGAGAAACAAAGCUAUAAAAAAGAUUGACAGAUUCAUGACCAAUUCAUCUAAAUCCCUCGCUGAGUCAGGUUCCGAGUUCGACGAAAGGAGUUUCUGGGGGCAGAUUCGCGAUGACAGCGAACUCGGUGUUAGAUACACAGACGAAGACGAGAUUGAGGGAGAGAGCCCAUACCUGCGACCAGUUGACGUUGGAGGGAACAAUUUACCAGCCCAUACCACUGAUACAACCUGGAUGUUACCGUGUCUCCAUCUUCACAGGCAAAGAGACGUGGAGUAG